CCCUCCCCGCCCCCACGGUGGCCGCUGCCUUCUCCCGCCCACCCCCCAAUCCGUGCCACCUUUUCACCUUCUUGGUUCUGCGGUUGCCAUGGCAGCGGCCGCCGGCACAUGGGCCUUCUCCCUCCCCGCCGUGCAGAAGAUGAAACAGCGGCUACUUCAGGGGGGCUCCGCGACUGACUGCCUACAGGAGGCCAUGGCAGGGAAAAUGGGAACUUGGGACAUGGGCGGGGGGACAUUCCUGGACAGCUGGAGACCUGUAGAGCAAGAUGUUGAGGAUGAUGAAGAGACAGGGAGCUUUGUAAUAGGACGAGGAGGCUACCCAAACAAGGAUGGUAUAAUCCAGUGUGAUGCAGCAAUAAUGGAAGGAUGGCCUGGGCGAUUUGGAGCUGUAGGAGCUAUGCAUGGAAUUGGAACUCCACUUGCUGUAGCUCGUAAGGUUAUGGAAGAUUCUCCACACAGUUUUCUGGUUGGGGAUGGUGCUGUGGCUUUUGCAAAAGACCAAGUCUUCACUGUGGAAGAUAAUAGAAGUAUGAUGAGCAAGCGGAGUACUGAAGCUUAUCAGGAAUAUUUAGAAAAGGGAAACAGUUUGAAGAAACAUGACACAUUGGGUUUGAUUGCCUUGGAUAUCUAUGGAAACAUAACAGUUGGAGUUUCUACCUCUGGAGCUCCUUUUAAAUAUCCAGGAAGAGUGGGAGAUUCUCCACUGCCAGGAUGUGGGCUGUAUGCUAAUAAGGAGGUGGGAGCUGCAGCAGCUACUGGUGAUGGAGACAAGAUUAUGUGUUUCUGUCCUUGUUUUCAUGCAGUCCUAUUAAUGAAACAGGGCUUGUCUCCUAUGGAUGCAUGCCAGACUGUUGUCCAGGAUAUCCUCCAGCGAACAGGAAAGGAAAAUAUGUUUGAACUUGGAAUAAUUGCCAUGAAUAUGAAGGGAGAAGUUGGAGCUGCUUCAUCAGUGUCAUUUCCGUACUGCAUCUGGUCACAAGGAAAAGAUUAUGUAGAACAACUGAUGCAACAAUCGCACCAGCUUUGAAAGGAACAGGGAGAGAAUUAUUCCGUAUCACUUGCACUCAGAUUCAGUACCAUUUCCGCUGUAAUCCUUUGAAGAUUCAUUUCUGUAUGAAGUGUGUGAAAGGGGUGUAUGUUCUGAGAUCUUUUUUCAAGAAGGUCUGCAUCUAAUCACAUGGAUAUAUGUGACUUUAAGCUUCAGCCCACGGAGGAAAUUCUUGAAUAGGCAAUGUCUGGCAGGGUGAAGAUAAGGACCCCUUCUUGCAGAGAGCAUUUCAAAACCAGUGGGCAUAUGCCUGUGUAAUCGAGCCCAUUUCCCUCCUGCAGUUCUUUUCUACCCAUUCUCUUAAUCACUGGGGAACUCCUUCCUGUGAAUUGUUGCAUAUAAAAUGUCCCAUACUAGUGGGAUAUUUUCUUGAUUCUUUUUUUAAAUUUACCUGUUUUUAAAAAAGAGCCCCAUCACUAGUAGCAGAGAUCUUUACCAAAGGCCCUUCUCUAGGUGUCCCCAUUGGCAGAGGUUAGGCAAGUUGCAACAGUGGAGAGGGAUUUUUCUAUGGUUGUACCCUAUCUGUGGAACUCCUUCCCCGAGAAGAUCUAGCUGGCACCAUUUAAAUGUUUAGGCACCAAGCAAAGUUGUCCUGUUUUGAUGAGCUUUUGGUGUGUUAAUUUUGUCUUGCUUACCAGUUUGUUUAAUUUUGUUUUGUUGUGCAUUGGCUCUGGGUGAUUUGAAUCUGGUUUUAUUCUUUUAUACAAUAGGUGAUAUCCAAACCUUGGUGUAAGUUUGACUCUCAUUUCCUUGUGGGAGCACAACUUUACUUUUGCCUGCAGAAGGAAUGUUCAUUGACGAUGGAUCACUGUGUUCGUGUAUUGUAUUGUAUUGUAUUGUAUUGUAUUGUAUUGUAUUGUAUUGUAUGAUUCCUUGUUAGCCACCUUGAGUACUAUUUGGUAAAAGGUGACUUGCACCUUUAAAAAAUAAAUAAUAAAUAACCCUACCAUUCCCCA